AUGUUCCAGCUUGCCGUACCUCACCUCCGAGCACCACCCUCAAGAUUAGGCCGUACGGUUCAGUGGACUCUGGGUGGGUAUAGGAUCCUGCUUGGUUGUGAUAUGGUUGUCUUCCCUACUGAUCGUCAUGGUACGAGCCCUUUGGACUCUCUAGACUCUCUAUCAUCAAUGGCGUCAUUGAAGGUAGUACCUUCCGAGGGGACUUGGAUAUCGAAGAACCUCCGACGAGAUGCCUGGGUUGAGAACAACUUACUCAGUGUGGGUAAGGUGGCCUGGUGCCGAGGUAAGCAAGUUAGUCUAUGCAACACGGCGGACUUGGCUGAUGAAGAGGGAUCUGAAGACGGCACGUUCGAUCCAGACCAGAUCAUUGACCAGGCGGAACGACUUCUGCAUUUCCUCAAGAGAUACUGUACACGACAGGGAGGGACCUAUUACCUCUAUAGGGACACUAACGCAUGCGUGCUGUAUGAUACGACUAGCAAACCGUUUGGAGAUCAACUCCCUGACAAGGGAGUAUCCCCAAGCUCCUCCAUGCUCAGCCGACCAUUAGCAGAGCUGUGUGUUACACUAGCAUCGAGAAUGCCCUCGGCUCCUGUUGAGAGUAGACUGGACGUCUUAUGGAAAGGCCUUACUCUCAUACACCCUCAAAGAGUCCAAUACCCAGAGCUGUAUUCGGUAAUAUGCAUGCAACUGUCUUCACUAGCAGAUGAGAUGGACUCCAAUGAGGGCCUCGUACGGUGUUGUCAUCUCCUCAUGCAGGCUCUAGCAGCCCUUGAUACAAGUAGCAAGAGCACCAACACGACGAGCAGUAGUAGCUAUCGUGACGAUGGAUCCAGAGGAGGAGCUCCCCACCUGGGCGUGCAACUGUAUGUGUCUUUCGCCUUCACGACGGUCCGUGCUGUCGAGCAUGUCAUGGUCCCGCUCUACCAGAAAUGGUGUCGGUUGACUAGUACUGCUGGGGAUGGUGAUGACGAUGUCGGCCCCAAGCACAGUGAUGAGCGUCUCCGUCAUUCGAUAGCCUGGCAACUAUGGCUUCUGCAAUGGUUGGCCGCGGCUGAGGUAUCACUAUUGAAGGUGGACCCACAGAGGAGAGCAGUGGAGUGUUGGAAUGUAGAGCGAGACCUGUGUCGAGUUAUGGCCCAUAGACUGCAUUCCAUGGCCAACUGUGGGAUAUCACCUCAACAGAUAUCUAUGAUGUCGAGUAGUGCUGCUCUUGAGAUAGUAGAGCAUGACCUGACCGUACUUGGGGAAUCUCCGAUGCAGCUGGGGAUGACCAGUGAGGUUUAUGUGGAGCUCUUGGCGGGGACUGCAGCCUUCACUGACGGCACAUUAGAGGCUGCGGGGCUCAGCAAAGACUGGCUCAAGCACACUGUAGUAAACGACAGGUGCCGUAGAAAGCUGACUACCCACGGCACGCCAGCUGGGUUCCUCCGGCUCACUAUCGAGUACCUAACUCGCGCCUUGAAAACAGCGAAUGCCCCUCAACGGGAACACAAACGCCGACAAAAGCGUACUGACGAUUUCCGUCGGAGUGGUCGUGCUCAGCUAGCCAGCACUAUCAACGAGUUAGGCUGUAUCCAUCUAGCCCAGUUGACUCAGUUGCUGCGGUCCGGCUCAGCGGAUGACACUGUUGUGGUAGCAUUAGCCGUGGACGCCUUCUGUGAAUCCUACAGCGAGUUUGUCGCUGCUGGAGACAAGUUGAAUGUAAUGGUACCACUAGUGAACUUAGCAAGAUUAUGGCUAGCACUAGCUACUGGCCCACAUGUGGGGAUCGACUCUGUCGAGAGAUAUCAGUGUACUUAUAGAGCCAUACGUCACCUUGAUAGGGCUGCCAAGUCGGCAUCGGCUAAUAAAGAGGCGGAAUCUGCCUUUAGUAAGCGUAAUAUAUACGCCACUGCAGCUGAGCAAGCCCAGCGACUUGGACGUCAUCUUGCGAAUGUCUUCAUGGACGUUGACCACCUCACACAGGAGGGUGACUACAGUGCUCCAGUGAAAGUCGCUAUGGAGCAUGAUGUAAUUUGGCGAGCUAGUGAGGACUUCUCCGACAAGGUGAAGGGCCAAUCGAUCGGUAGCCUAGCGUCCACUAUGCUCUCCGAGGCAUUGGUUUAUGCUGGCAAGGCAUGGACCUCAAAGGAUACCAACGAUGGGGCAGCGGAGUUAUUGGCCCGGUGUACGGCCCUGGUGGACGUUGGUCGGGCUAAGGUGAAGUUGGCUGAGAUACUCAAACUGGCGACAGAUACUGGCAAGCGGAGCGAUGCAGCUUUCACGAUAAUAUCGCGGCGAUCCGAAGCAGCUUAUCAAUGGCUAUCCAAGCACGUUGAGGAAGAGCCCGAUGCGUUUAUCGAGUGUGUUGUUGUCAGAGCUCAGCUGGCACAGAUCCUCGAGGGAUAUGUCAGCAUGGCUAAGUGCCUGGCUCAGGGUGAGGAGGUAGCUGGAGGUAACAAGCAGGUCGUUACUGCGUUACGAGCAGCACUGGCCAAGAUCUCUAAUAUAGAGCUACGUCGGUGCACGUCGUCAUCGUCGUCAUCGUCGUCAUCAACAGGACGCUCUGUCAGUAGGAAGCUGAUGAAAGCGCUAUACUUGUUCUCGAUCAACGGCAGUGGUGAUCGCUCGCUGGCUGAGGAGAUACAGCACUUAUUGCACCAAGAAGGGGAGACCCUGACUGAUCGUUGA